GCGGGGCCUCGGCGCGGUUCGAACGGUGGCGGGCCGCGGACGCGCGGCGGCAUGGCUGCUCGGGGAUCUCUGUUCCGCCAGUGCCCGCUGCUGCUGCCUCAGAACGGCGAGGGGACGGCCUACGAGGGCUUCGUCAGCGCGCAGGGUAGAGACUUCCACAUCCGGAUACUUUUACCAACAGAUUCUCAACUGAAAAAUGCCAGGAUAGAGUGUGGCUGGCAGCUGAAGAAGAUCCUUCAUGGAUAUCGGCAUAUUUUGAAACAGAGGUUGCACAGUUGUCCAGAUCUUGUCAGUUUUGUGGUGGAGCUGAAAACUGUCUUGGAAAUUGCUUUGAAGAAUACACAAGAGCUGCAUGUACCAAGGCCACCAGAAUACUACUCCUGUCUUGUCAGAGAUCUAGAAAUAUUGGGUUGGAAUAAAGUCGCGUAUGUGGACGCUGGGCUCACCACAAUCAAGCUGAAGGCUGAGGACUCUCGUGGUCGACAGCAUCUGGUCACGCUGAAGUUAAACGCAAAGUAUCCUACUGAGCCACCAGACUGCAUUGUGGAUUUUCCUGUUCAGUUUGCCAUUUCCUGGAUGCCACAGGACUCCUUAGUAACCAUCCACAAUCAGUUCCUGGCAGUGCUGGAAUCGCUGAAAGAGUUCUGGGACACCAUGGAUGAAAUUGAUGGGAAGACGUGGGUACUGGAGCCAGAAAAUCCAGCCAGGGGUGCUACAGCAAGGAGGAUCGCCAUAGGGAGCAAUGUGUCUGUGAACGUAGAGGUGGAUCCCAGGCAUCCAAAGAUGCUCCCUGAGUGUUACUUCCUUGGAGCAGAUCAUGUGGUUAACCCUUUGAGAACUAAGCUGAACAACAACAUGCACUUGUGGGAUCCAGAAAUUAGUUUACUACAAAACUUGAAAGACCUCUUAGAAAUUGAUUUUCCAUCUCGUGCCGUGUUAGAAAAAAGUGAUUUCACCAAGGACUGUGGAAUCUGCUAUGCCUACCGCCUCAACGGCGCCGUGCCAGAUCAAGUGUGCGACGAGCCCCGAUGCGGACAGCCUUUUCAUCAGGCUUGCCUGUAUGAGUGGCUACAAGGUCUUCCUUCCAGCAGACAGAGCUUUAAUGUCAUCUUUGGUGAAUGUCCAUAUUGUAACAAGCCCCUGACAUUGAAAUCUUCCAUGAAGAAACCUUGAGGAAAAGCACCACGAGGGGAACGUCGGCACACUUGCACUGAAGGCAAUGAAACAGUGGCAUCAAAGAAAAUACAAGG